GCGCGAGGCUGAGGGGGCACUUCACGCGAGUUGCCUCCCGCACUGCCGCCGAGACAACGCCUGGAGCGGUCCUACCCGCCUCCCCCCGCCCCCGUCCUUUCCUGCCUUGACCCCGCUCGCCUAUUCGGCUCGCCGCCAUGGCCAUGCGCCGCCGCCUCGCUCUGCUCCCGGGUCUGGCGCUGCUCCUGGCAGCGGCCUGCCUGGCCGCUGACGCCACCUCCGAUGUGCUGGAGCUCACGGACGACAACUUCGAGCGGCGCGUGGCGGAUACGGGCAGCGCCGGCCUCAUGCUGGUGGAGUUCUUCGCGCCCUGGUGUGGACAUUGUAAGAGGCUUGCCCCAGAAUAUGAAGCUGCAGCAACCAGGCUGAAAGGAAUAGUUCCUUUGGCAAAGGUUGACUGUACUGCCAACUCAAAUACUUGUAAUAAAUAUGGAGUCAGUGGCUAUCCCACCCUGAAAAUAUUUCGAAAUGGUGAAGAAUCAGGUGCCUACGAUGGCCCUCGGACAGCUGAUGGAAUUGUGAGUCAUCUGAAGAAGCAGGCAGGACCUGCCUCAGUUCCUCUCAUGAGUACGGAAGAUUUUGAGAAGUUCAUUAAUGACAAAGCUGCUUCUGUAGUCGGUUUCUUCAGAGACUUGUUCAGUGAAUCUCACUCAGAGUUCCUAAAAGCAGCUACAAACUUGAGAGAAAACUACCGAUUUGCACACACCAAUGUUGAUGCCCUGGUGAGGAAGUAUGAUGCUGAUGGAGAGGGUAUCACUUUGUUCCGGCCUCCACAUCUGGCUAACAAAUUUGAGGAAAACAGCAUACAGUACACAGAGGAAAAAAUAACCAGUGGCAAAAUUAAAAAAUUUAUCCAGGAGAACGUUUUUGGUAUUUGCCCUCACAUGACAGAAGACAACAAAGACUUAUUCCAGGGCAAGGAUCUACUUGUGGCUUACUAUGAUGUGGACUAUGAGAUGAAUGCUAAAGGAUCCAACUACUGGAGAAACAGAGUAAUGAUGGUGGCACAGAAAUUCCUGGAAGCUGGACAGAAACUCAACUUUGCUGUUGCUAGUCGUAAAACUUUUAGCCAUGAACUUUCUGACUUUGGCUUGGAAAGAACCUUUGGAGAGGUGCCUGUUGUCGCUAUCAGAACUGCAAAAGGAGAGAAAUAUGUUAUGCAAGAGGAGUUCUCCCGUGAUGGGAAGGCCCUUGAGCGAUUCCUGCAGAAUUACUUUGAUGGGAACCUAAGGAGAUACUUAAAGUCUGAACCUAUCCCAGAAAAUAAUGAUGGACCUGUGAAGGUAGUGGUAGCUGAGAACUUUGAUGAAAUUGUGAAUACAGAUAAAGAUGUUCUGAUAGAAUUUUAUGCCCCUUGGUGUGGUCACUGCAAAAACCUGGAGCCCAAGUACAAAGAGUUAGGAGAAAAGCUCAGCAAAGAUCCCAAUAUUGUCAUAGCAAAGAUGGAUGCUACAGCCAAUGAUGUGCCUUCUCCAUAUGAAGUCAGAGGCUUCCCUACCAUCUACUUCUCUCCAGCCAAUAGUAAGCAGAAUCCAAGGAAAUAUGAAGGUGGCCGUGAAGUUUCUGACUUUAUUAACUACCUACAAAGAGAAGCUACAAAUCCUCCUGUGAUCCAAGAGGAAAAAUCCAAAAAGAAGAAGGCAGAGGAAGAUCUCUAAAGUAGCAGCCAAAAACAGACCACUUUGUAUAAGGACUCUUUUACCAGUGAUGGGGCAGUCAGUGCCUCAGGGAUGAGUGGACAGCGUGGAUGCCAUUUGAAUCCUGUUUAAUUUUCUCUAAGCUGUUUCUUUAGGUGCACUGUUAAUGGAAACACCAAGAAGAGUUGA